AUGCUCACAUACAUCGCAACGCAGAUACUCUGCAUCGCGCAUGCUCCUUUCUCAGUGCUUCUCAAGAGUUGUCUUGUUUUGCGCGAUGAGCACUAUCGCGAAACGCUGAAUGUAUCCUGGCAUCUGCUAAUCCAUAGCGACAAGCACGUCGUUGCUUCUGCUGCAUCACUGUUCAUAGUGUCGUCGGUGCGAAGUGCGGAGGAAACUACGUCUGUAAUAAAACGUAAUUUAUUGAAUGAAGACGCGAAUGUGCGUACCGAAGGACUGCGGCGAUUCCAUGCAUUGUGGCGCAAUCGUUUCCAUGUUUGGCUAAAAAUGGAGGACGGCGCGCAGCUUGUUUUUAAGGUAAUUGUUGCACUCAAAAAUCAGGAAUUAGUCCGUUUUUUUGGAGCCCCUAAGGUUGGCACUUAA